AAAGGAAGAAGAAGAAAAAAAAAACUGUGAAACGGGAUAAAAGGUCCCCACUAAACUAAGAACUCUGGAGAAGAAUUCCCAGAGAAACCAAACCUUUGGGGGAGAAGAACUCCCAAAAGAAAAGAAACCUUUGACUGUGGAAAGAACACCCUGGGGCCUGCUUGCUGCGAAGCUUCCUGGCUUUCUCCCAUUCCCUGCGGUGAUUGGAUGAGUUCCUGAGAUCAACAGAGGCACUAUGAACAGCGCUGGACCCACAGUGGUGACUAUCUCCCUCUUGCUUUCUACGAGGACUCCUUGCUUUUAUUUCUUAUCCCUUUUCUAUCGUCCACCUUCCGUUCGCCAUCUCCCUAAGCAACUAGGAUUUGUAAUAAACAAGUUGGGCUAACAUUUGACCUGUUGUGUCUUAAUCUCGCCAUCAGGUAUACAUAUAUUAAAAGAGCCUCCUCUCCCUCCUAUAAACUGGAGUGAGACGUGCUGUUGAGCAUCAAGGUGAUGUUUUCAUGGAGCUGUGUGUCACUGCCACAGGGUCUUACUCCUGAGUGGUUAUUUCUGCAUAAGAGAGAGUAAACUCUGAGCUUCAUAUCAUGACUUUCAAAGCCAAGAUUUUAAAAUGUUAUUGUUUUUUAAAAACUGCUGGUCUUAGUGGCCUGAAUCUGAUUCCUUUGAAGUCAAUGGCAAAAGUCCAACAGAUUCCAUUGAAGCAAGAUGCAGCUGUUCAGAAUAAACAAGUUGAAGAAAUGCUUAGAGCCCCUAUUCACAUUGUUUAUAUUUUGUCUUACUUGGUGUGUGUUUAUAUGUAUAUGCAUAUAUAUAUAUACAGAGACACACACAAAUAUACAUACACACAGAUGGCAGUUUGCAGACAAGUAAGAUAUGUUGUUGGUUUUGUUUUUUUAUUUGAAUGUUUUCUUAAGUUGUAUAUUUAAGUAUAUGUAACUCAUUCUUUCAUGAAGAGCCACUUCUAGAGAGACAUGCUGUCCUUGAUGUGAAUGUUCAUGGGCAAAAUGGAUCCCAAUACAAGAUUUGAAUAGGACGGUCUGGAAUACUGUGUCUAGUUUUGGGCUCCCUGGUUCAAAAAAAGACAGGAAUCUCCUAGAAAGAGCUAGAAAAAGUCCAGUGGAAGGCAACAAAGAUGACUGAGGUCCUGGAGCAUCACCAACACAAGAGCCAUGGGAAAAAUAUGGAGAAGAGAAGGCUGAGAGGGAAUCCCAUCACUGUUUAUGAAAAUCUAAACUGCAGGAGUCAAGUCAAUGAGGGCAGAAUCUUUUCAGUGGUGAGCAACAGUGGAACAAGGAGCAACAGGUAGAAAUUGGACACAGAAAGUUUUAUACUAACGCAAAGAAGAACUUUACUGUCAGAGUGACUGAGCACUGGAACAGGCUGCCUAGAGAGGUCAUGGAUUCUCCCCUGAAGAUAAUUAAGACCUGCCUGGACACCUACCUGUGCAACCUGCUAUAGGGAACCUGCUUUAGCAGGGAGGGUUUAGACUAUAUGAACUCUAGAGGUCCCAUCCAACACCUCCAGUUUUAUGAUUCCGUGAUUGCCCCACAGAUGAAUAAUCUUAGCAACAAGGGAAAAAUCUCCCAAAGAAGAUCCACUUGGCUCCUGUAAUCUGGUAGCCUUACAUCUAACACGGAUCCCUCAUGAAGAAACUAAGAAAAAGGGAAGGGCUUUGUAUGGGAGCUGUUAGGUCAUAGCUUAACAAGUGAUUGAGCACCUAGUGAAAGGGCGUAAAUAGCCCUGGGAGCGCAGGUGAAAGCAAUUCACCUGUGCAAUGUGAAGUGGUAGAGCCAGGGUCCACCCCUCCCUAACCUCAUUUAAGGGCUGGCAGCCACGAGAGAAGCAUCUCUACUUGCAGAUUAUCUCCUUUGGAGUGUUUGGUGGUGAGCUCUGAACCUUGGAAAUGGGCUCCUAAAUGCAAUAUUCAGAAUCAGACCUGGCCCACGACAGAAGCAUUGCAGGCACAGAAUAAGGCAAAGAAAGCAAUAAAAUAAGGGAAAGAAGAUCCAUCUACUGUAAACACUCCAACAAAUCAGGUCAAUAAUCAUGGACUCCAGCAUAUUCUUGAAGCCAAGAAAAGACUGCAUGGAAUCUGACUGCAAGAAAUUCAAUCCCAGAAAAGAAUGUGAAGACUUUGUAUUUAAAAUGGAAGAAAAGUAGAUCUAAAUAUAUCGUUUAUUGCGUGUGCCCCAACCAGACCAAAAUGAAUAUCUGCAGGAGUCUAUGAGAAUUAGAAUCCAUGAAGCUUGCAAACUUCAAGGAAGAAAUUUUUAUCUGCAUUAAUUUUUCCUAGCCUUUGUGCGAGUUGAUUAGUAGAACUAGAUUUUUGUGUUUUAUUCCAUCACUGGUAGUCAGAUUUUUUUUAGGGCAAGUUUAAUAGGAGUAGAAAUAUUUCAAAAUAUUUGCAAUUUGCUUCUGUUAACAGUAAUUCAGAAAAUAUUUGCUAUCCUUAGAAUGAAAUAAAAUAGCUAUAGUGUCCACUGCACUAAUACUUAAUAGAAUCCUAGAAUAAUUUGAGAUGGAAGGGACCCUGGAAGGUCUUCUGGUCCAACUCCACUGCAAUGAACAGGGAUACCUACAGCUCAGUCAAGCUGCUCAGAUCCCCAUCCAGCCUGACCCUGGGUGUCUCCAGGGACAGGGGACCCAACACCUCUCUAGGCAACCUUUUCCAGUGCCUCACCACCCUUAUUGUUUUGGUAGAGGUGCAACUUGGAGGACAAAAUCCAUAUUCAUGUAAUUUCACAUAUUAUAAAAUAACUAAAAUACUCUGCCUGAGGGCUUCAAUAAUUUAGAUACUGUAAAGAAAAUGUUAACCAUUUUUUUUUCCCUGUAAAAUGCCACGUGGUUAACUAGAUUUGAAUAGCAAAAAUUAUAAUGUGAAAUGUGUGGAAACUUGGUAACACACACCAAUUCAUAUGGUAAGUUUUUCCUAAUACUCUUUAGGAUUUCUCAGUGUUAUCUGAUUUGUAAGAAGUCCAGACUUGUACAUCAAUUUUAGUUUCACAGAAACUGGGCAUUUGUUGUGCUGCUUCCUGCAGACAUGUACUAUGUUGCGUUCAAAAGAAGUGUAUUUUUCAGAAAUGUGAAUGUGAAGAAUGUUUUUAUAUGCUAUUCAUUUUAAGAUGAAUUUAUUCCAACUGGAAUACAUUUAAGAUCAUGAUUCUAUUUUACGAUGACUAAAAAGAAAAAUCUUUCCUCUAUAAAGUGCCCAUAAAGGAAUAACUCCAAAGAUAAAAUGGGACAUGAUCUGGUAACAGGUAUCACUAUAUGUAUGACUAUCAAACACCUUUAAAAAACAUUUAAAUAAAAAAUCAAUUUUUAAACAUUAAUCAUCCCUAGGUUCUCCCAGUUGCUCCAUUUGGUAAUGUGUAACAUUUAAGCUCUAAAUCAUCCUAAAAAUAAUGAGUAAGAUCUUUUCCUUCCACUUCAAAUAAAACAGUAGUAGAAAGUUCCUUUAAAUUCAUCUUGCUGCCCAACACCCAUUUUUUUUUUUCACUCUUUCUGAAAUGCCAUGUCUCACAUCACAAACACUGAAUUGUUCUCUCUCUUAGGACAAAAGUGGUAUCUUAUCUCUUAGCAAGCUCAUAGGUUUCAGUGUGACAACUACCUUACAGCAAGAUCACAUUUAACUGAAUCAAUGAAGAUGGAAAAGGAAUUUGAGAUACUGGAUGGAGCCUCUGUCCUCUGCAUUCCAAAAUACAGAGUGACAGGGAAUUAUUGGUGGGCUGUUCAGCAAAGAUUCAGCAAGGAAAUCUUUCAGGUACUGGUAUUCUUGCAAAUGCUGGAAAGAAGUGAAGUCAGCUGUGAAAACAGCCACCUCAAAGUAACAGCAUUGUGACCAAACAGAAGGAAGAAUUAAGGGAAAAAUUUACAAAGCAAUGAAAGAUUUUACGGUCCAGAAGAACGGCUUACCACACAACCAUCAGUCAAUAAAUCUCCCUUCUCUCACUGUUUUUUGCAAGCAGGCAGAUAUACUCGAAUUGAACUUGAGCAAAAUCCAGAUACCUCUGAGAAAAGCCUUUUGCCAUGCAAACAGCAAUAGACUAAACAUACUGUUUUAGAUCCCACCCUUUGAAAUAAUGAUUGCAUCUGGAGUUCAGCAGAAUAGUAGAUGACUAUCAAUCCAUGACUCAGGUAUAGGAAAAAGAAACACUGAUUAAUAAUGAAGUCACCAGUCCUGCAUUCACUGAGAAAAUCAUUUGCACUAUCUGAUUCAUCCUCCAGGUUUGCUUUGGAAAGGAUAAUCUGAGAAAAGUGUUUCCUGGUGGUAUAUAUUAGGAGUGUACUCAUACUUCGCUUGAAUGAUUAUCUAAUGAAGAAUUUGUGACAAUUUGGGGGACCUCUCUACAUGCAGCUUAUGAAUUCUGUUUGAUACUCAGGAAUCUCUAUAUAUAGCUGUGUCAGGCUGAAAGUACUUGCUUCCACAAGAGGUGACAGGAGAAAUUUUUGCUCCUGGCACAUGAUCAACAAAGAAUUGGUAAUCUCCUAUUCAAAUGGAGUCCCUCGAAGCGUGGAGAUGCUACCAGGUAGGCAAACUUGGUUUGUGGACUAGGUAAGGAAGUAAUAAAUAGGUGAUGAACCAUCUGUUCUACACAAACUUAAUUGACUGAUUACGGAGCUGCCUAGGAAGACAUGAGGCUGGAAGACAAGCGUCUCUUGCUUGGUGUUGUAUGCUAAGUAUAAUUAGCAGUAUUACAGGGGCUGCUGGCCUUGUAGGACCGUGAUGUGUUUGUGGAGUGGAAAAACAGAAAUGCCAGUAUGUUUCUUGUGGUAGAUCUUCGCUUAACAGCUAUCCUGAAAGACUUAAAAUCAAAGUUGUUGCCUAUUUAUUCUUGCUGUGAAUAAACUCCAGGUCCAGUGUACACCAAGUUUAAACAAAUCGAUGUGAAGGAACUCGGAAAGCCCCGUGCUCAGCCAGACUGGCGCUGGGUGGCUAAGCAAGGAGUCAGCGGUGCUGCAUGGCCGGAGCAGCCCCCGUGCACGCAGGAGGGUGCUGUGUGCAUAGGGCUGCUUCUAGCAUCUGGCCGGCCGGUUGUUUUCACGCGGCCGAGGGGUCUGGGCUACUUGUAGCCCACUCCUGCUGAAAUCACGGCGGCUGCAACGGAGGUUAAGCGGCAUUUCUGCCCUCAGGGUUCUUGCGCUACCCGUCUCUCCUCGGCAGCGGGCAGCCCGUCACCGCUGCUGCACUCCCGCGAGGUGGGGGAUCUCCCCGGGAAGCUGCAGCGCGCUGCCUGCAACCCGCCUCGCGGCGCGGAGCUCGACUCACCGCUGCGCGCGGGCUGAGGCACGCGAGUUGCUCCGGAGUGGGCACGGGCGGCUCCCGCCGGGCAGCAGGGGCUGAACUCUGGGUGAAGGGAGCUGUGGGCUCUGCCUGCCCUCCCAGCCCCGCUCCACUCGGCGUGCCUCCUCCUCUGGUCACCGGACUGAUGAAUUAAUCAUGAUGUGGCUGCUGUUAAUACAUUUAUGCGGAGCGGGCUGUGCCGCCGGUUCGCGGCGUAGCGCUGUGGGAUGAGGGAGUGAGGAGAGCUCCGCCAGCCGCGCGGAGUCGAGGCAGCGGCCGCCGCCGCAGCGCUCUCCAUGGCUCCGGAGGAGAUGCUUCAGAAAAUUGCUGUUUGUUUACUGCUGGUUCUGCCAACCAACUCAAGAAGGGACCUAUCUAUUCUUUCAUUAAUCAAGCAUAAUAUUAUCUUGAACUAAAUAUUCCUCUCCACAUGGCCUUUCUUCUGGUGUCAGCUUAUCUCCUGCUGACUCAUACUCAGGUUGCUCCUGUAGAGAAUGGGGCACUGUUGGAAACACUGAAGUCACAGGUAGGAUUACUCAGCAAUAAAAGUGAACACUAUUCAGCACAGGUGAGACCUCCUGGCACAAGUCGACGAAUACCACAGACAAUUAUCAUUGGAGUUCGUAAAGGAGGAACAAGGGCUUUGCUGGAAAUGUUGGAUAUUCAUCCUAAUAUUGUUGUAGCAGCUACAGAAGUCCACUUUUUUGACUGGGAUGAAAAUUAUGUGAAAGGAAUAGACUGGUAUAGGAGUUUGAUGCCAUUUUCUUAUGGAAAUCAAAUUACUAUUGAGAAAACACCAGGCUAUUUUACAUCACCACAGGCUCCAGAAAGAAUUCAUGACAUGAAUAGCUCCAUUAAGCUGCUGCUCAUUCUAAGAGAUCCCACUGAGAGAGUUAUAUCUGACUAUACUCAAGUAUAUUACAACAGAGUAGAAAGCCACAAGCCUGUUCAGCUUUUUGAAGAUAUUGUUAUUAAGAAUGGAGCACUUAAUACCAAAUACAAAGCUAUUCAGAGAAGUUUAUAUGAUGUUCAUAUGGAAAACUGGCUUAAACAUUUCAGUUUGGAUCAGAUUCACAUAGUGGAUGGCAAUACUUUAAUCAAGGACCCUCUUCCUGAAUUACAAAAAGUUGAAAGAUUUCUAAAUCUUCCUUCCCGAAUUAUGCCUUCUAAUUUUUAUUUUAACCAAACUAAGGGAUUCUAUUGCAUUCGAAGUGAUGGAAGAGAGAGAUGUUUACAUGAAUCCAAAGGGCGACCCCAUCCUCUUGUUAACAACACUGUUUUAGAGCAACUUUAUUCUUACUUCAGAGAGCACAAUGCAAAAUUUUACAGAAUGGUUAAUCAUUCUUUUGACUGGCAUUAAUGCAUUUGCAAUCAAUGUUUCUUUAAAAGGGCCUGAAACAAACUCUUUCAAGCAUAUCUUUGUAACAUGUAGAGAUUCAUAUUAUGAGAACUUAAUGUACUGGUUAUGUAGAAGCAAAGGCGUCUUUGCUUCACUGGAACAAGACAUCCAUCAACUCAUUAAAAUGCUAGCCUUUGUGUUGGGAAAAAAAGGUUUCACAUAUCUGUAUGAUUACUCUGGAUCAUAUUAUAAUCUUCUUUUCCCCAUCAUAAUUUCAAUGGACUUAAUUCACAUAUGAUGUUUUGGAAAAAUGACUGCUUUUAAAAAUGUAA